GGUGCUUUCUCUAUGAUAGGUGUCCUGUGAUUCUAGUACACGCUACCCAUGCCCAUUUUUUUCUCUAUGAUAAUGUCGGUGUCGGCUUAUAUCGUGUUAUUGUUGUGAUCUCGACCAGCCUUUGAGCCUCGUUAUUGUUCAAACGUAUUCAGUUGACAGUCAUGGUAAAGAUAAAGGUUAAUUGUGAGAACGCCGUUCAGUUUCUCGUCGAAGCCUCUCUGUGCACGACGUUGGACGCACUUGUGCAUGACCUCACAUAUAUAUACAACGGAGUUCUCGUUAUUCGUCAAGCCGCAGCCAAUAUUGGAGGCUUUGCCAGACGGCUCGCCGCACAUACUGAGGAGCUGCCGGAUACACCAGCAUCAGCACCACACUCGACACUGGCUGAGCCAAGCGUGAUCCUAAUGAAAAUAACGGCGGAAGCAUUGGCGAGGGUGUCAAGUGCCCAGCUGGAAUCCGGGAAAUGUCUUACCAAGGACACAAUUGUCCGCACAAAGGAAAUGCUAAAGGAAACUUUAACCGCCCUUGAGCUUCCUGAAGCAGCAGAAGAGGAGCGAAAACCACUGUUAAUAAGCGUGGACAACGGGGAGAUUGCUCUCUCCCAAUGCGACGCAAAACUUUGGUGGGCGGGAAAAGAAUUGUGUCGUGAAAAUGAACUGCGUAAUUAUUUUGGAAACAACGAAAAAACGACAGUGACUGUCACGUUGUCCUCACAAGCGCCUGCAAGAAACAAACCUGCCGAAGCGCAAUUUAAUGAGUACCUGCUUUUUCAAACGAAGCGUCAAAAGGAUUUUGAAGAUCUUGAUCCAGAUGAUGAAGCUGAGGCUUAUGAUAGAGACUAUUUGCGGAAGUCUGUGCAUGGUCUCAUGGACAUAAAAUGGAAGCCUUAGCAGCAUAUUCGGCUAAUAUGGAGCGACCAGGAGCAUAAGGUGAUUUCCAAUGCUGUCUGACCACUGAUGUCAUGUGGACCAUGCAGCGAUUUGCGCAAGCUAGUAAUGUCCAAUUUUAUUGUUUUUGUGUAACGUACGGUCCACUGCUGGAACAUAUAAAACGUGUCGGAGCCACAGUAA